UAUUUGUACAUAUUUAUCGGAACAACAGUUAUCGGCUACUAUUGUCUGUGACUGUUAUCAAUUCUUUAAUGUUUUGUUUUUAUCGUAAUUUAAUUCCAUUUGUGGUGUAAUAUUAUUUCCUAUUGUGUAAAAUUUAUGCAAAUUUCAAUUAGGAAUAGGUCCUAAGAUAUUUUUGUGAUUUUUACUGGUAUGCUUUGUUGCAAAUUGCAGUUAGUGAAAUAACAAAGAGCAAUCGGUGUAACCCUGAGACGUGCAGAAUCUGAACUCCCUGCUCGACCGAGUACACUCCAUUCUAAUAAAGGUGUGAUGUCUUCCCUGCCGGAGGACACAACGAAAGAGUUUUUCGAAGCAAUCGACGAAUGUAAUACGAGUAAAGUGGAAGAUUUGCUGUCAUCAGGUCUAAUCAAUGUAGACGUUAAAAAUCCGACAUUCCAUGAUCGUUCUGCACUCCACAUCGCGGCUUGCAACGGCGACAUUGAAUUGGUGCGUCUUUUGAUCGACAACUUCAAUGCAUCUGUCAACAUAUCUGACUCACGAGGACAAAUCCCUUUAGAAGUCGCUACAGAUUAUAGAAACAUAAAUAUAGUAAAGUUUCUAAUACAAAAAGGAUCAAAUAAUCCUGAUUAUGCUGCUCAGUAUUUGAAUACCGAAGAAGUGGAACAAUUGUUUACGGCGGCCAGAGCCAACGACAUAGCAGAAGUGACGCGUCUGAUCAGUGAGAACGGAUUAGAUGUGGACACGGAAGAUAGAAGCGAUAAUAACAGCACCGUUCUAGAAGUCGCAGCAACUAACGGAUAUUACGAUCUCGUUCGUGUUUUAGUAGAUCAAUUUCAUGCAGAUGUUAACCACAGCGAUGAUCUGGAAGAGAGCCCGUUGAUUAUGGCCAUGAAUAAUAACCAUGACAAUAUUGCGAAUUUCUUACUCGAAAGAGGAGCCACAAGGGUUUUAGAAGAAUCUAGUGAAGAUUCUGAUUUUAGUUUUAAAUUGCCACUUGACUAGUAUUAACUAUAUUUGUGUGUAUU